AUGGAAAAAUUAUUAAGAGCCCUUGAAUGUACUGAUGCUCAGAAGGUGGUGUAUGCCACUUUUGCUCUUCAGGAUUCUAUUGAAAGAUGGUGGUCAGGCACUGAGCAAUUGUUGAGGAUGGAGUUGGGAAGGAACACUCCUAUUACUUGGAAGAAGUUUAAGGAAGUUUUUAAUGGGACAUAUUUCCCUGAUAUAGUGAGGGACCAAAAGGCAAGAGAGUUUUUUGAUUUAGUUCAGGGGACUAUGACUGUAGAAGAAUAUGCUGCAAAGUUUGUGAAGCUUUCUCGCUUUGCUCCUUACUUGAUCCCGAAUGAGCCCAAGAAAAUAUGUAAAUUUCAGAAAGGUCUUAAUGAUAGGAUUCACCCUCUCAUUAUAGCUUCUGGAGUGGGCACUUUUAUUGAGACUAUGAAGCGGGCAAUAAGUCUUGAAGAGGACUUUAAGUGCAACCCCGGUUCCAAGGAGGAUGAAAAGAAGCAAGAACCCUUUAAUUAUUAG